GAAUGUAACAGAAAAAGGAAAACACAAUUAAAUUUCAGUAUAUUGUCUUUCUUUGAAAAAUUUAAGGAUGGUAUUAACGUUACGUUGGUAUUACGCAAAUUGGUAGCACUGUUACCGUGAACCGCUUCAAGUUCAGGUUCGUGUCAAAUCGUAUCGAGAUCGGACGUAUCAGUAUCAGUUCCAUUUCGUGUCUCGUUCAGUGACAAUAUCAUAUCAUAUCAUAUCAUAUCGGUGUAUCGCAAAGGACACAGAAUACAGAAUACAGGUUAUUAAACUCACCGCCUCGAUCAAGAUCAACAUCAACAUCGUCAAGUGAACUUCACGAUUCAGUCCGCGUUACCCUCGUUCGAGGUUAACAUAUCGCAUAAACGUCGCGUCGGUCGCGUCUAUUUGUUCGCGGUUUGUGAAUCGCGUUCUAAAUUCAAUGUACGCAUUUACGUGUGUGUGAAUAAAUCUGGACCCACCAAUCGUGCCUGGAUUAAUUACGAUGAUGCCCAACGAUUCGCGACAAGAUCGACGAUGCAAAACCACGGAAUGCUCUCCGAAAACUCUCGCUAGGAAAAUCGAAAGCUGCAUCGUAAGGAACGCGUUGGACGAGGAGCAGCGAGCACAGAAGGCUCUUUAUCUAUUGAAAGCGCGUGAUCGUCGAAUCGCCGUUUUGGAAAAACGCGUUGCAGAAUUGCAAAACCUUGCUGACAAUAUACACGAGGUCAGUCUUCGAAAAUCCUCGAGUAUAUUGAACCCUGAACGAGACAAAGAAGCUGUUUCCGACUUUAGAAGCGAAAGGUCCUUAAGAACUGACGACGAGACCGAAAAAAGUGAUUCCAACUUGAGCAACACUGAAAAUUUAAGUAAAACAUUGGACGAAGAUUGUGACACCGUUUCUGGAAGUCAGAUAACGGUACCAAGAUUGAAAUUAUCGAAAUCCUCUUUAUCAAAUUCGGAAAAGGACAUCUUCUCCACUGCGACUAACUUUUUGGUUGAAGGAAGAAAGUGUUCUGCUUCAAGCAUAUGCGUUUCUGGCAAAGAUCGAACUUUCGAAAAUGCAGCUCUGCAGAAAGAUAAAUCUAGUAAAGAAAUUGUAGAUUCAAGAAAAAGGGAAACGAAAGUUGGAGGAUUGAAUGACCAAGGGAAGAUCGAUGGAGUUGAAAAGCUUCUUUCAGAAGAGAAGAAAGGUGGUUCAGUUAUGUUUAUGAAGAAUAUCGAAGGAAAGGUUCGAAAACGAUGUAGCUUUCCAAGGAGCUCCGCGAGCGUUCCGUGGAUUCGAGCGAGGCACAGCUUCCGGAGGAAGCUUCGAAAUCUUGAACUGAGGAGCGCAAAACGAGUGGAGAAGCUGCCUAUGGGAGACGGACGUGCGACCUGUACAACGUACCGGAAGAUAGAAACGGCCUCGACGAAUCGACGACAGCCAGGGGAAGAGGGGAUCGUCGACGAUGCCAAGAAGGUUCAGAGAAACACAGUGGCCGAUGAACAGGACGGUCAGGGAACAGCACGCCUUAUCGCAGGUGAGAGAACGAAUACCCAGACGAAAAUAGCUUCCACACAAACGUCUAUUGACUUCGCGCAGACAAAUGAGAAAAACUUGCAAAUAACCGAAGCAAUAAGCAACGUGUAUCGAUCUUCGUCAUGCGUUUGUUUCGAACGAAAAAGAUCUACUGAAUUUCGUGGUGUCGAUGAAGAACCUGCGCCUCAAUGGCUAAUCGAAGAAGCUCUUAACAGGGGAUCACGCAGCGAACGAUGGACAAAGGGGAAAAUAUCGUCGAGCAAGGAGAUCGAGUACCAGAAAAUCAUUUCGAAGCUUGAAUCACGGCUUGCUCAAAUAAAAGAGGAUCUUGAAGAAGCUUUACAAUCGAAAUCUCUCGUGAAAGAGAAGUAUAAAAGAUCAUUGGAGAAUAUAAAGAUGAAAGCUCGAGAAGAAAGCGAAAUGCUGCAAGAAAAAAUCGUACAAAUUUGUACGUCUGUCUUGGAAAAGUUUGGUCCGAGCACCAUAGUUGACAAAAGAAAAAGUAGUUAUCAAAUCAAGUGCCGUGGUCGUUUAAAAUACCAUGAGAAGAUUUCGAGUAAAUUACAUAAAAAGCUGCGGAUGGCAGUGGUGAGAUCGAACAAAUUGAAACGUGAAUUGACAGCUGCGAGGAAAGCGUUGAAAAACAAAUCAGAGAUGUACGAAUCGAUCAGCAAAUGCUUCGACGAAUUGAAACGAGAUAUGGACACCACCGAGAUGAAUUUGAACAAUCUGAUAUCGGAAAAUCUUUCGUUAAGAAAGAAGAUAGACGACACGAGAGAUUGGUUGGCGGAACGUAACGCGGAAAAAGUACAUCAUGCUUCGAAUCAUCUUCGAGAUGCUCAGAAAAAUCGAGAAUUGUCGAAUUUGAAGAAGAAACUGGACGAAGACAAAGCGACGAUCGAUCAACUUCGAAACAGGUUAAUGAGAUCAGAAUCAGCGAAUACCAAUAAGGGAUUUUUAUUAAACAGCUACAAAAGUCAACUAACUGAUUUGAACCAAGAAAAGAAUCGACUCGUUUCGAAGAUAAACAGCUUGGAGAACGAGAUCAGUGUUGUUCGAAACAAUAAUUCACAAUUAAAAGCAAAAAUUUCAAUUUUAAAUAAUGAAAAGGUUAAGUUACAUUCCGAUAACAAGAAAUCAAAGACUGACAUUACUGAAAAGAUAAAAACGCAGACGGUACAGCAAGAAAGUGAAAUUAUUACAGCCAAGUACGAAGAAACCAUUAAUUCUAUGAAAAUAAAGAUCACAGCUAUUUCAAAUGAAAAUUUAGAGUACUCGAAAGCGAUAAAAGAAUUUUUAAGAAAAAUUCACAAUCGAAGAAAAUACGAAUCGCAAAGAAAUUCAAAUGAAAACGAAAGCGAGGCGAGUGAAAGGGAAGCUCACGAAACAGCUUGCAAUAUCUUAAAUAUGACACCGGAAGAACUAUCUGGCCUUAUUAAUGGAAAAACGUUUAAUUCGAUCAAUCCCUGGAUAGUCGAAUUGAAUCGUAUAUUAUCAGAAAAUCAUUUCUCUGGAAACCUGUCGAAUUUUUUAUUUAGAAAGGCAAUGAAAAAACUGAGGACGUAACAUAUCGUUUAUUCAUGAACAAGAUGUACAAUACAAUAU